AUGCCUGAAAGCGACCUCGACUCGGUGAUUCCGGCACGCCUUGGCUUCCUCGCCAUCUACAACCCGACUCUGGGGCCCACCGACGAGACCUUAGAGGACCAGAUCGUUUUCUACACCUCGUCCCACUCACCACAUGCCGAUAAUGCGGGGGAGAACGAGGAUGCAGCUCCGGAGGGGGAUAAGAACGAACGGUUGCGCCAGAUAGGCCUGGCACAGGGCAUGGUGAACUUUGCCAGCAACUUCUCGGCGGGGAAACCAUUGGAAUAUGUGGAGACGGAAAAGGCACGCAUUGUUCUUCUGGAACUGGAGAAGGACUGGUGGGUUGUCGCUUCGAUCGACCUCACUCGGCUUCCCGCCGACCAAACCUCCUCCGAGAGCUCGGAGACGCCUACUUUCCAAUACUCAUCAAGGGAGAUGGGUCCUCCGUCUCUUUACCUUCAGCAACUACGCCGCGCACAUUCAAUCUUCCUCCUCCACCAUGAUUUCUCUUUGAAAGAACUCUACGAUCGCGUUGGACGAGCAGCCUUUUGUCUUUAUCUCGAGCGCUUCUGGGAGAAGUUUACGUGGAACUGGGAGCUUCUUUUAACCGGAAAUCCUAUUGUGGAGAUCUAUAAUGCUAUCAAACUCUCUGCCGGUGGUGAGCUAGGUGUUGGUGUGGGGGAAGAAGAAUGGGGAAGCGGAGAAAGAGAGGUGUUGGAGGACUUUGUGUCCAGAACGGAUGGUUUGGUCGACCUGAUUGUCUCGAGAUUCGGUGAUCCCUCACGGCAGGUUGAAGAUGAAGGACCAUGGCUUGGAUCAGACACUGGCCCUCGAUUAACCGACGGGGUCCUCUUUUCGGGCGUGGGUUCUCUCUCCAGGCCCUCCGUGGCAAAUUUGUCUCAUUGGAUGGAGUGGAUUUACCGGUUCGGAGAUGCUGCGUAUGGAGUUGGACGGGAUCCGAGCUCACUGCGUCGCCGAAAACCACGGAAACCACGAGGGAGGGCAUCCUCUAGAGAUCUCCAGGGGGCUCAGCCGUCCACGCCUGAUCGCAACUUCAGGCCAGGCAUACCUCGUCCGCUGGUUUUGGCUGCACCACAGCCCAUUCAAGAUGAGGCCAAUACAUCGGGCGAGUCGCCCAAGGGAGACGAUCAGAGUGGUGGCUUUGGGACGGAGACAGUCAUGAAGUACCUGAGUCUUGGAUAUGGUUCAGCAUGGAGUUUCGGUUCCAGAUCAGCGUCAACGCCUCCUCGCAGCUCUGCUACAGUGGAUCACUCCCCAGCAAGUCCCACAAAACAGACUCCCGAUCAUGGGUCUCCACAGGCAACUAAUCCCCAAAACAGUAUGAGAAACAUUGCGCUGGGACGCUUUGUCUUAGGGCCUCGGGAUGAUCUUGAGACCCUGGAUGACCUAGAGGAAGGAAGUCCAAGGUCCGAAGAGGAAUCGAGCAAGCCCAAGACUCGCAUUGUGCACCGGACGCUCCAUGUCAGACGGGUUGGUGAAGCAGAGGGAGAAACGCAAGAGGUGCAGGCUGUGAUCUAUGUGAAUCAACCGUUCAUGUUCACCUUCCUCUUCAACCCAGAGACACCUUCGCUCAACUCCCCAUCCCUCUACACAACAAUCCACCACCAACUCGGCCCUCUCCAAAAACCAUUGCUGGCGUCCACAUCCCCUGCAACCGCCGCCUCACGCAUCUCCCAGUCCGAGAACAUCUCCGAUCCCACCAAACGCUUCUCGACACGAUCCCAGCCCGUUUACGACCUGGUCUACGACCCAUCCAACCUGACCAUCCGCUCCUCCAUUCCCAACAUCCCAAACCUGGGCACCUCCACAAACCCAUCCCAGGCUCCCAAAUCUCCCCCAUCCCGCCGCUCAUCUCCAUCUCCCUCUCCGUCUGGACUCCCACCCCCUUUGUCCCGGGUUGAAUCCCUAGCCAUCCACCACCGCCUCUUAUCUACAUACACCGACACCCGCUCCCGAACCCAGGAACUAGAACGCACCUGCAAAACCAGUCGUGGCUGGUGGGUCGUCUGGGUGCGCCUCUCGCCUUCAGAUCCAGCUGCAAACCCUGCCUCGGCUCUACCAUCUAUACCCUCGUCAGCUGCCAUAUCCACCAUCACAACCGAAGACAAUCACGGAACGUUCUCGCCUUCUCCAUCUGCUUCUCUCUAUCCGUUUUCAUCACAGCCCCUGGAAGCAUUCAUCAUCCGCAAAGCGAGCGACUACGUCUCGCCAUCCAGCCAGACCCGGGUCAGCAGUGGUGCACGCUUCUUCCGUGAUUUGGGGGGGGCAUCUGCUUCAUCGAGCUUGACGGGUUCGACUCGCGCUGCAGAUACAGCUCCUGCGACGUUGGCGGAGGGGUUAGGGAUGGAUGCGCGGCGGUAUAUCGAGGGACUGUUGAGCUUGAAUCGCUGA